GGGGGGAGCCCUGGAGUUCGACAUGGUGGGCAUCGACGCCGCCAUCGCCAACGCCUUCCGCCGCAUCCUGCUCGCCGAGGUGCCAACAAUGGCUGUAGAGAAAGUCUUUGUGUACAACAACACAUCCAUCGUGCAGGAUGAAAUUCUGGCUCAUCGCUUGGGCCUUAUCCCUAUACGAGCUGACCCACGGCUCUUCGAAUAUAGAAACCAAGGAGAUGAGGAAGGCACAGAAAUUGAUACUCUGCAGUUCCAGCUGAAAAUAAAAUGCAGCCGAAACCCUCAGGCAGCCAAGGAUUCAUCUGAUCCUAAUGAACUAUAUUUAAAUCACAAAGUGUACAGUAAACACAUGACAUGGGUGCCCUUGGGGAAUCAGACAGACCUUUUUCCAGAUGCUGACUUCCAACCUGUUCACGAUGACGUCCUCAUUGCACUGUUGCGACCUGGCCAGGAAAUAGAUGUGCUCAUGCACUGUGUCAAGGGUAUUGGUAAAGAUCAUGCCAAGUUUUCUCCUGUGGCCACGGCUAGUUAUCGACUGCUUCCUGACAUUACUCUCCUGCAGCCUAUUGAGGAUGAGGCAGCCGAGAUGUUGCAGAAGUGCUUUUCCCCGGGAGUAAUUGAGAUCCAGAAUGUGAAAGGAAAAAAGAUGGCAAGAGUAGCCAAUGCACGGUUGGACACGUUCAGCAGAGAAGUUUUCCGUCACGAGGGGCUGAAAAACCUUGUGCGCCUGGCAAGAGUGCGAAACCAUUACAUCUUUUCAGUGGAGUCGACGGGUAUCUUGCCUCCAGAUGUGCUGGUGAGCGAAGCCAUCAAGAUCCUGAUGGGAAAGUGUCAGCGCUUCCUGAAUGAGCUGGACUCUGUGCCUAUGGAGUGACCAGGCUGUACCUGAGAAGCAGAUCCCUGCACUGCUGUUCUGGGCAUCCUGCACCUGCCUGCAGCAGUGAUUCCUCUUCCAUAGGCAAGAGGUUUGAGAUGGACUUGUUAAGAGUCUUAGGACCAUCUAUUUGAAUUUGUUUUGUUAGUAAUAAGCCUCAGUGAGAUCUACUAAAAUAAAGGCUUUUCUUUAC